CCGCGCCUCAGACCUGCUUUGGCAGAUGGUCAACAUCCUCCGUGCCAUUUUAGCAAAGUGAUUAUUGUACAAAUCCCUGAGUAGCAAUGGAUGCCAUUUUAGAUAACUUAUCUUUUACUGGACAUUCUGUCUUUUAUAACUUUACUGAUGAUUGGAUACCUGAUGGAAGCGAAACUAUUGAUUUUAUUAUACGAUGUGUCAUACCGACAGUGUAUAUUCUGAUCAUAACGAUUGGGUUGUUGGGGAACAUUACCUUGGUUAAGAUUUUUAUCACCAACAGUGCAAUGAGGAGCGUCCCCAACAUAUUUAUUUCGAGUUUGGCAGCUGGGGAUCUUUUGCUUUUGGUCACGUGUGUUCCAGUGGACGCAUUCAGAUACUUCUUUGAGGAGUGGAUCUUCGGUGUUGUGGCUUGUAAACUAAUACCGGUCAUUCAACUCACUUCAGUCGGAGUCUCGGUGUUCACUCUCACGGCUCUCAGCGCUGACAGGUACAAAGCCAUAGUGAAUCCUAUGGACAUCCAGACAUCCAGUGCUGUGUUCUGGACGUGUCUGAAAGCUGUGUCCAUCUGGGUGAUCUCCGUCCUGCUGGCGGUGCCCGAGGCCAUCUUCUCCCAGGUAGUACAUAUCCAGGACAAGAACGUGACCUUCACCGCCUGUGUGCCCUAUCCCCUCUCCAACGAGAUGCAUCCCAAGAUCCACUCCAUCCUCAUAUUCCUGGUGUACUUCCUGAUUCCCCUGGGGAUCAUCUCUGUGUACUACUACCACAUCGCCAGGACGCUGGUCAAGAGUGCUCAUGACAUGCCUGGGGAGAUCAGUGAGCACACUAAGAGACAGAUGGAGACGAGAAAACGGCUUGCCAAAAUUGUUCUGGUUUUCGUGGGCCUCUUCGCUCUCUGCUGGUUCCCCAACCAUGUAUUGUACAUGUACCGCUCCUUCAACUACCAUCAGAUCGACUCGUCCCUGACCCACCUCAUCAUCACCCUGCUAGCCCGGGUGCUAAGUUUCUCCAGCUCCUGUGUCAACCCGUUUGCCCUCUACCUGCUGAGUGAGAGCUUCCGCAGGCACUUCAAUAGCUCACUGCACUGCAAGAGGAAGCCCCACCACGAGCGCAACACCAGCUACCUGCAGAGCACCUCAGCCAUAAGAAUGACCUCCAUCAAGAAGACCACCCCUACUGUCAUCAAUGGACAUGGCAACAGGCAGGAGGUCUCUCUGUAGGUUUAGGACGUCACAUGCUGAUGUGUAAGUGGUGGGAGUGGCACCAAAAAAUAAGAUAUGUGCAAAACUUUACAAGGUGGACUAUUCUGAAAAGGACAUGCAUGUGUGCUCAACAAAAAAUGCUUGGCUUGAAGCCGCCUUGUCUAUACAUUCCCCACAAUGCUACAUAUUGCUGCAGAUGAGAUGGUCACAUAUGAACUGAAUGUAUUGAACUGAACAUGUUAGCCAACAAAUCUGUCGUAAAUACCUGUAUCCACAAUAUUCCACUUUUCAUGUUUUUUGUCAAUCUGAUGCAUGUUUCACUUUACAUAGUUUGUAUAGAUCUACUGUAUACUGUCUGUGACACAUACUGCCCAAACUCCAAACCCAAAGAGCAGACACUUGUUUUCACGACAGGAAAUCUGUCCAUGCACUUAAAAGCAACAUUAUAAUGGCUCCCAAGGGGGCACAGGAGUGAAGGGUAAUUUCAACAAAAAUCAUAAUGUCACUUUAAGUAAUUAUUUUCCUCAAACAUCUGCCUGAAAGUGGAUAGAAGUGCCAAAGCAGACAGAGGGGGCCGCGAGAAAUUUACGCUGGAAAUGAAACCAACAUUUACCAAGUGUUGAUGGGAACCUGUAUUUCACUAUUGCAGGACAGAGAGAUGAUAAACACCAUUCGAAUUUGGUCAUGGGGUAUAUAUUCACUUUGAUAAUGCCAUUUGCUGUGUUAUGUUUUAAUGUUUAUCUUCAGAUGCUCAAUGUGACAUGAAUGUUUGCUGUUUUGUUAAGUAAAACGUGUCCCAGUAUGUUGAACUGCAAAUGCUACAUAGCUUCAUUGAACAUGUAAAGGAAUAAUCUCUAAGAAGUAUGCUUUCUGAACAUGAUUAAUCAAACUCAAUUAUAGUUAAUUACAUUUAAAGACAUGCUUCGGUACUUUGGCAACUAGUAAGUCUUUUUUUUACCUCCCGCUUUGGGCUGGAUGCGUCAAUGUGUAGUUCAUACAUGCAUAAUCUAUGAGCAGAAGUACUGUCUGAACUCAAUAAACCAAAAUCCCUAGUUUGAAAGCGACUGUUUUCUGGAAGCUGUGAGGUGCCAUUUUCCUACAUUUACCCCCCACGUGGGCAAGCCCCCUAGCAAUUCGAGUUUCUGUCAAUGACUUUCAGCCCCUUGCCAUUUGAGUGAUAGUUAGCAACACGAAGACACAGUAGAGCGAGAGAAAGAGAGCAAUGACGUGGUGCACGUAUCUGCACAUUUGUAACAGAGUUUGCAAAAUUCGGGGACCACUUUUGGCUCGUGGGUGCUACUUUCAGAACUACUGGCUAAAAAGUAUACAAAAGUACCAGAGAAUAUCUUUAAUUACACUUAUCAAUCAGGAGAUCAUGAUUACUGGAUUAAACCAACUAAGUGGAAAAAGAUUAGAAUUGGGAUGCCUAAAUGCAGCCUUAGUGACAUGUCCUGAUACACUGAUCUCAAGUGUUAAGUCAACAGGUCCCUCACUGGAAAAGAGAUCUGUGUCCGUAACCACAGAGAAAAGUCAAUGGCUGAAUCUACAGCUAUUUACUAUCGUCUGUCCCCUUUUCAGCGUCAUGGAAAUAUAUUUAUGUUAUUCUACCACAGUUCUCGCUUCCUUAAUGUUUUGUGAUACCUUGAAACACUAUAUACAAUGUACAAUGAAAAAUGCAUUUGUGUUGGAAACUCUUCAUCAUAUGAAGGAUGUCGCCGCCACCAAUACAAUGUGAUACUACGCCCACCUCCUAAUUUCUGUGGAUUUGCAAUGUUUGUUGAAUUGGAACGGGAUCAUCCAAGGCUCCUGCUGUGUGUCUGUGUGAUAAUAUAUCCACAGCAUGUAAUACCAUCACAACAAAUGUUAUGUCAUGUUAACUGUGCCAGAUGAAAUUGUCUGUGAACAAUUGUAAUGUUAUAUGUAUGCUUUCAUUCAAAUUUGUUCUGCUUAUGAAUAACAUAUUAUUUAUGGUAUAUUGAUCUUUG